AGCUGUUGAAAAAGCCUGCGGUCAUUCGAUCAGAUCAGAUCAAAUCUGAGCCUUGAGCAGUUUGAGUGACAGGGAACAUCAUCAUCCGGAAAAAUGGUUGACAAAUUCGUGGGAACAUGGAAGAUGACCUCCAGCGAGAACUUUGACGAGUACAUGAAGGCUCUAGGUGUUGGUUUCGCUACUCGCCAGGUGGGAAACCGGACCAAACCCAACCUGGUCGUGUGUGUGGAUGAUCAGGGGCUCAUAUGCAUGAAGUCGCAGAGCACCUUCAAAACCACUGAGAUCAAAUUUAAACUCAACGAGUCAUUCGAGGAGAUCACCGCGGAUGAUAGAAAGACUACGACUGUCAUGACUCUUGAGAACGGCAAACUUGUGCAGAAACAGACCUGGGAUGGCAAAGAGUCGACGAUAGAGAGGGAGGUGACGGAUGGGAAAUUAGUAGCUAAAUGUGUAAUGGGUGAUGUGGUGGCUGUGAGGACGUAUGUGAAGGAGGCAUAAGGCAUGAAGUUAUCCAAUCUGGAUUUGAAGAUGCCAGGCUCAGUUCAAUGAGCAAAAAGCCAAAGUGAAACGUUAUUUCUCUAUUGAAAAUCUCUUAUUUUUGACACCAAAGCAAAUGCGUGCUGACCAUUUUAAAAUGCAUUUAUUAUCAGUCUUUAUGGUGCUUUGAAUAAAGUUGUUUUUAUUUGCCUUCA